AUGUUAACACCAACCGGUGCGAUCGUUUUAUGGUACUGUUGCUGCGGAUUGCUGAUCCCCAGGCAGAUGUCGCGCCACCAGGGUCUCCUCAAGUGCCGCUGCCGCAUGUUGUUCAGUGACCUGAAGGUCUUCCUCCUGAGGAGACCCCCCGCGCCCCCUCCGCCCUCGCCGCCGCCUCUCCCUCCCAUGAACAGUGGGGACCAAGCAUUGAGCUUGCAAGCUUCCAACAACAACACGCUGACCACGCUCUAUGGAGGGCGAAGGGGACCUUGGAGAGCGCCGACUGCCGGGGGUGGUGGUGGUGGAGGAGGAGGAGGAGGAGGAGGAGGAGGGCGGGCAACGAGCCCUCCAGAAGAGGAGUGGGGAAGUCCUGGAGGAGAGGGAGAGCAGCCCAUGUCUAUGAUGAGCAGCGCCUCCUCCGAGGACUUCUGCAAAGGGAAGGCGGAAGAUCGGUAUUCCCUGGGGAGCAGUUUGGACAGUGGCAUGAGGACGCCGCUCUGCAGGAUCUGCUUUCAGGGCCCAGAGCAGGGUGAGUUGCUUAGUCCUUGUCGGUGCGACGGGUCAGUGAAAUGUACACAUCAACCUUGUCUAAUCAAAUGGAUCAGUGAGAGGGGAUGCUGGAGCUGCGAGCUGUGUUAUUACAAGUAUCACGUCAUUGCCAUAAGCACAAAGAACCCCCUGCAGUGGCAAGCCAUUUCUCUGACCGUCAUUGAAAAGGUUCAGAUAGCGGCCGCCAUCUUGGGUUCUCUCUUCCUUAUCGCCAGUAUAUCGUGGCUCAUCUGGUCCACCUUCAGUCCUUCUGCGAAAUGGCAACGGCAAGACCUGCUCUUCCAGAUCUGCUAUGGAAUGUAUGGCUUCAUGGACAUUGUCUGUAUAGGUUUAAUAAUCCACGAAGGACCCUCAGUUUACAGGAUUUUUAAACGGUGGCAAGCAGUCAACCAACAGUGGAAAGUUCUGAACUAUGACAAAGCAAAGGACCUGGAGGAUCAAAAAACAGGGACCAGGACCAACCAACGAACCUCCUCUCAGACUAACCAUUCAUCCUCCGCUGGUGGUGCCACUAGCAACUCCGCUCCAGCCGAGAGUGUGGCUCGGGGAGCUGGCCACACCACGGGCACCUUGUCUGACCACCACUGUGCUUAUACCAUCUUGCAUAUACUCAGCCACCUGAGGCCUCACGAACAGAGAAGCCACUCUAGCACAAACAGAGAGCUCGUCAUGAGAGUCACGACGGUCUGA